AUGUUUAAUGGAUCUGAGGGAGCAGAGGAAGACACAGAGGAAGACACAGAGGGAGACACAGAGGAAGACACUGAGGAAGACACAGAGGAAGACACAGAGGGAGACACAAAGGAAGACACAGAGGGAGACACAAAGGAAGACACUGAGGAAGACACAGAGGAAGACACUGAGGAAGACACAGAGGAAGACAGAGAGGGAGACACAGAGGAAGACAGAGAGGGAGACACAGAGGAAGACAGAGAGGGAGACACAGAGGAAGACAGAGAGGGAGACACAGAGGAAGACAGAGAGGGAGACACAGAGGAAGACAGAGAGGAAGACACAGAGGAACACAAGGACACCCAAAGAAUGGCUUUUAGAAGCAGAGGAGAUGAUAGCUUUUAG